GCCGCAGUCAGUAAGCUCCAGCGGGAAUGGAAAAUGGAGGAUUGACCGAAGAAAGAGCGAGAGCAUAUCAACGGUAUUUCUAGCGUGUAGAUCCUUAAACGCUGCACCAAGACUGAUGGUUACUGCUGUGAAGCCUUUGUUUUGUUUGAGGAAGCACUCUGUCACCCAUCACUGCUGAACUACAGACAUUCAGUUUGAAAGUAGAGAUUGACUCCAUCAUCUAUGGAGGAGAAUGUGAGCCCUGAGCUCUCUCUAGCUCCUGAGCCAGAGCAGAGCCAGGACCGUAUGGAAAGCUGCUCUGAAGGUGAAGGGGAUAACGUGCAGUGUCAAACUGAAAGCGAGAAUGCCGCCAAAGAGACACUAGAGGAGCCAGAUAAAUCUACAAAGGCUAACAGUGAAAUCAAGAAAACUUGGGGUUUCCGUCGGUCCACUGUUGCAAAAAGAGAGAUGCCAGUGGAGGCAGCAACAGAUAGCCCUGAAAACCGCUGUCCUGUAAGGCGCAGUGGCAGGCAGUCCAAACGUACUGACAAACUAGAGGAAUUCCUCUCCACUGCCAAAAGAGGGUCAAGAAAGAGUGCCCCUCCCAGCCUGGAAAGUGGAGAUCCUCCUUCCCAAACUCCAACGGACGCAGAAACUGCUUCAGAGGCCAGCUUCGAUGGCAACGCUGACGCAAAGGCGGCCGAAGACAAGGUCGAGUCCCCAGAGAGGAGGACGAGAAGUGGAGCAAGAAGGCCGACCCAGAGGAGAACUCGAGGUGGCAAACAGACCCGAGGCGGCGGCAGAGCGAUGGUCAGAGACGACGGAAGCUCUGAGAAUGAGGACAGCAGAGAUUCUUCCAAGAAACCCCAGUUACAAGACGAAGACCAGGAGAAAAAAGAUGAAAAGGACGAUCUAGGUCCUGAAGAUGUAGCCAGCACUAAUGCAGCACAGCCUCAGCCCGAGCUGGACUCUGAGAAGAAAGAGGUUGGCGACGAGAAGAAAGAGCAUGGAGAUAUAAGUGACCAAGGGGAAACAGAGGAGACUGAAAAAGAGAGCGAUGAGGAGAGCACAGAAAAGCCUGCAAUGUUAGUAAAGCGUGGACCAAUAAGAACAUAUAUCAAUAAAAAGAAGGUGGCCAAUAAGAACACUACCCCUAAAGCCUCUGCUGCCGCCAACAAGGGAACCACUCCUGUCAUGAGGGACAAUAAAGUUAUAGCGAUACAAGGUCCCGGCAAGACACGCAAGCCCCAGGCCACCGAUGAUGAGGAGGAUGAUGAUGAGGAGGAGGAGGAGGAAGAAGAGGAGGAGGAAGAGGAUGAUGAGAAUGACGAGAAUGACUCUUCUUCCACAUCUUCAUCAUCCAUUGAGUCUGAUGGAGGAUAUGACCCCAAUGCACUUUACUGCAUCUGUCGCCAGAAACACAACAAAAGGUUCAUGAUCUGCUGUGACCGCUGUGAGGAGUGGUUCCACGGAGACUGUGUGGGCAUCACAGAGGCCCGCGGGCGCCUGAUGGAGAGAAACGGGGAAGACUACAUCUGCCCCAAUUGCACCGCCAAGAAGAACCAGGUGGUCAGGCCUGCUACAUCUGUCCUGUCUACCAGCACAGGAAUUGGAGAGCACAAAGCUGAUGUUGCUCCUCAGACUUUUGCUCCCACUGUUUCUUCUUUAGCUGCUGACAAAACCAACGCCAGAGGAGCAGAGUCCAGUCCCUUAGCUAGUCAAGCUGCAGCAGUACAUCUUACCUCCACGUCUGCUGGAACCGAAGAGAAGGCAACAGAAGACCUAGGCAUCAAAGGCAGGAUAGAGAAAGCUAUUAAUCCGACUGGGAAAAAGAAGAUAAAGAUCUUUCAGCCGUCCAUACAGCAGCCAGCCCAACUGAAAGCAGACCAGAAGGCAGCACUGACCGUGGAAAAAAAGGCUGAGCAGAAAACACUACCAGACCCAGAGCAGAAGGUGGCAUCAAACAUAGAGGUGAACACUACACCAACGAUGGAGGAGAAGACGGGGCAGAAGGCUGAGGUGGAGUCUUCACUUCCCAAAUGUAUCGGGCCUGGCUGUGAGAAUAAUGCCCAGCCGGACUCUGUGUACUGUGGAAACGACUGUAUCCUGAGACAUGCUGCCGCCGCCAUGAAGUCCAUCACAGAUGUCAAAGAGCCCAAGCAGAAGGAGAAGCCCAAGGCUCAGAAAACCAAGUCUACACCAAAGAGGAUUGCCGCUGGUGGGAAGAAGACACAGAAGAAGACCAGGGAGGAUUCAGAGAGCGACGAAGACUACAGUCCUGAUCCAGAUGAGGAUGACGAAGAUGAGCAUGCUGAGGAACACCCACCCCCGCCGGCCACUGCAUCCUGGUCCAGCGACCAUAAUUACAUUGCAGUAACACCAGAAAAGACUACACCCAUAUCACCAACAGUGUUAAACAAAAAGUCCCCUCCCAAAGAAGAGAAGCAGAAUGAGAAAGAACACAAAGAGAGGGAACCAGCCGUGCCUCCCGAGAAGUCUUCCUCUGUGUCUGCGACGCCAGUGAAAGGAAACAAGAAGUCCCUGUCCACUAAAGGGGGCAAGGGUUCCCCAAAGGGCAAGAAACCUUCUCCUCAGUCCACCAACUCGAAGGCUUCCAAGAAACCUGCAACACCCCCAAGUAAAACUGCAGCAAAGUCCAAGAAACAAGCAAAGACCGCCCACGCCCAGUCUUCUUUCCCUCCGGGUCCCAUCCAUGUCACUGGAGCACUGAGGGUCACCAAGUCAAACUUCACCAUUCCCAAGAAGCAGCCCCAACAAAAGGACACUCCAUCCCACAGUCAGUCCUCAUCAUCCUCCAGAGUCCCAUCAUCUCCAGUUUCUUCAGGGAGCUCCAGCCACUCUUCCUCCUCCAGGCCUCCACAUCCAGCUUCAUCAGCACCCCCUGUCACCCCCAUGCCACCACCCCCCAACAACCAGAUGAGACAGAACAUCCGCCGCUCGCUUACAGACAUCCUCUAUAAGAGGGUGAGCGACAGUGAUGAUCUGAAGAUGACUGAGAGUGAGGUGGGAAGGCUGGCAGUUGCCAUUGAGAAGGAGAUGUUUAACCUGUGCCUUAGCACUGACAGCAAGUACAAGAACAAGUACAGGUCCCUCAUGUUCAACCUCAAGGACCCUAAAAACAAAGGCUUGUUCUACAGGGUGGUAGGUGGUGAAGUCAGCCCCUUCAGACUAGUCAGACUCAGUGCUGAAGAGUUGCUUUCCAAGGAGAUAUCAGAGUGGAGGAAGCCUGACCCCUCUGAGGCCCAUUCUCCUGGUGCAAGAUCCCACUCAGGACAGUCAAAACUUGGCAAUAGGCAUGACUCUGGCUCACAUAGCUUGGAUAUGGAGGAUGCUCCACCAACAUCUGAUGCAGAUGUAUGUAUCUCUGCCACCACUUCCUCUGCUCGCAUGACUUCUGCUGCAGACCUAGAUGAAUCUGGCUCCACUCCCUCUGUAACUGCUCAGCCAUCUGCUGUUGAGGGGAGCGUUGGAAUGCCAGAUAUCUUCAGUACCAUGCUCAAAGACACCACUGCAGAGCACAGGACCCAUCUGUUUGACCUCAACUGUAAAAUAUGCACAGGUCAGAAGAUGGAAGAUGAGCCAGCAGCAAAGAAAGCCAAACUGUCCAAGAAGCCUGAGAUUAACCCACCCAGACAAGAGCUACAUUCAUCCAGGUCAGCGGACGUCUCUCCUGUCGGCCAACCACAGAUUGCCACAGUCUACCAUCACCAAGAAACUAUGGGCUACCAACAACCAACGUCCUACCAGUCCAACAUGGAGGCAACUGUCCCAGAAUCCCAGCAGCAGCUUUACCAGGAAGACUCCAAGAUUAUGGUACCUCCAGCCCAGGUCCCAGCACCCAUCGCUCCUACUGUCUCCUCCGUCAGCAUCACCCGCAGAGACCCGCGCAUGGCCAGGCACAGCGCCAGUGUAGCCGUCACCUACACUGCUCCAGAAAAACCCAUGAACAACGCAGCAGAGACACACACAGCUUCUGUUACUGUUCCAGUGGAGGUCGGUCACAAGGCACCUCUGCCGAUGCCCCCAGCUCCGCCACCUGCAGUGGCUGUGUCCAAAUCCGCUAAAACAAGCACAUCUGAGCCUCCUCCUGAGGGUGAGACGGCAAUUUUCCUCCACGGUCAAGAGAAGAUAUGGAAAGGCUUUAUCAACAUGCAGUCGGUGGCUAAGUUUGUGACCAAAGCUUACCUGGUGUCAGGAUCUUUUGAGCACCUCAAGGAGGAUUUGCCAGACACCAUUCAUGUUGGAGGACGGAUAUCACCAAACACAGUGUGGGACUAUGUAGGGAAGCUGAAAACCUCCCUCUCCAAGGAGCUGUGUCUGAUCCGUUUCCACCCAGCUACAGAGGAAGAGGAGGUGGCAUAUGUUUCUCUCUUCUCUUACUUUAGCAGCAGGAAACGAUUUGGUGUGGUGGCUAACAACAACCGACGGAUCAAAGACCUCUAUCUCAUCCCACUGAGCUCAAAGGACCCAUUACCCUCCAAACUCUUACCGUUUGAUGGGCCAGGGCUUGAACCAGCUCGUCCCAACCUCCUCCUGGGGCUGCUGAUCUGCCAGAAAGACAGGAAGCGUUCCGGUGCUCCGCUGGAAACCGAGGAGAAACGGUCCAAGACUCAAACCAAAGAUGCCGAUGACACUUGUGUUCCGAAGCCAUCUGCCUCUGUCAAAGCUGAAAGAAGCAUGCGGCAGAAUCUGGAAAUUCCCUUCAGCACAACUCCUCCGGGAUCACCUCCACCCAGUUCCUCUGAGACCACAAGCAGCACUGCCACCGCCUCCUCUGUCCUUUCCCUUUUGUCCUCUGUUAAAGCGCCUGCCACAUCCACUGGCAAAGACUCACCAUCUUCAUCCAGCUCUGUUGCUUCCUCCGCAGCAACCGCCACUCCUCUUCAGACCAUCCUCAACACUCUUUUUGGGAAGAAAAAGCAUGACUCGGAAGCUUCCAACUCUCCAUCUGAUCAGGGUGGGGAACUCUCCGUCCCAACUGCCACAAUGCUAGACCCUAUUGUUCAGCAGUUUGCACAGAUUUCUAAAGAGAAACCGAUAGACGAGGAUGAAGAUGACCGACCAUAUGACCCAGAAGAAGAGUAUGACCCCAGUAGAGGCUACAGUGUGCCUAAAAAGCCUGUUGAGGUAAUAAGCAAACCUGAGAUCUCUAAGCCGCCUGAAACAAGUGAAGGUGAUGAUGUGGCAUAUGACCCAGAGGAUGACUCUAUUUUUGAUGAUGUAAAGACUGUAGCACCAAGUCAAAGUAAAGCUAGUGACUGUGUAACUAAUCCUCAAAAGAUCCUGGAGAGCCUUAAACAGAUCGGGGAUCAGGCAUUCCAGAAACCAGGAGAACAGCAAACAUCGUCCACAGGCACAGCCGGGGCCUCACUGACUCUUGCAGACACGCUCUUAACUCAACCCACAAAAUCUCUUUUGGCCAAUAGCCAGCUGCUGCAACUUGGCAAAAAGGUAGAAGAGCUGGUAAAGUCUUCAUCGGUCACUCCCUUGAUCAACCAGAAGAGAGACCCCCGACAGAGCAGGGAUCCUCGCCAGGCUGCAGCCAGCAGGAAACCGACUGACGAACCCGAGGAGGGAGAUGAGACAUCUGCUCUGUUGGCAGAUUCUACUCCUCCUUCACAGCCAGUGGCUCAAGAGCCAACAUUGCCUAAUGUAGUUGAACUCCCUGACUCCUCACAAGCCCCAGAGGCCUCACUGCCUGUAGAGGAAGUCAAAAUUGAGACGCUACCCUUCAUGGAGUCCGACAAGGCAGAGGUGUCAAUUCCUUUAUUAGGAGAGGAGGUGGAACCUGAUAUGGAGGUCAACUACAUGGAUGAGAUGGAAGUGAAAACUGAGGAGGCUGAGCCAAUCAAGACUGAAAUAGAGACGGACAAGUACAGUAUUUGGCCAAAUGCUGCCAGUAUUUUAAAAGCUGGUGAUGAUUCAGAGUAUGAGGAGAAUAGCCAAGAUACGACAACUUCAAGCUAUUAUAAUGAGCCUGCAGACACCUCCGCAAUAACUUCCACGAUCCCAGUCCUCACUCAGAGCAUGACGAUGGGUGACACUCAGUCCCAUCACAUGUCGCAUCACAUGUCAGCAUCAGGCUUGAACAGUGAGUACAGACCUGCCGCUGACAUUCCCCCACCCUCCAACUUCCCCCCGUCCCAUCCGAUGCAGGGGCAGAACCUGAUGAUGAGGCCUCCACCAAUGUCUAUGCCUCCACCCAUGCAAGGACUUCCUCCAAUGUCAGGCCCCCCUCCUAUGCAGGGACCUCCACCCAUCCAUGUUGCUCCCCCUGUACGUGGUCCUCCACCCAUGCAAGCUGACAGCAACCAGCAAUAUGCCCCACCUCCGGCAGGAUACCCUCCAUAUCAGAACCAGUGGCCAGGCAGUAAGCCGCCCCCACAGCAGCAGCUGCCUCCUGGACCACUUCCUCAGAAUAUUAUGCCACCCAGAGGACCACCACCACCACCCUUCGCACCAAUGGGCCAGAGAGGUCCUCCUCCUCCUCAAAUAUUUGAUCCCUCCAUCCCCCCUCAGCACAUUGGACAACAAGGCCCACCUCCAGGCCUUCCCCCACCUCCUAAUUUUGAAGGACAGAACAGUUUGCCUCCACCAAGAUUCGCUGGUCUGCCACCACCAUUUAACUUCCCUGGAAACAGAGGGCCUCUUCCACCUUUUACAGGGCCACCUCCUGGACAUUUUGAUAAUAGGCUCCCUCCUCCGUCCCACUUCCCAGGGCCCAGGGGUCCCCCACCAUCUCAGUACGGUGACCAUGGAACCCAACCUCCAAUGGGGACCCAACCCCCGAUAGUGGAGCAACCUCGAGGCCCUGUAGAACCGUAUAACAAAGACACAAACUCUUUCAAGCUAAAUGUGGACCAACAUCAGAAUCCAAACCAUCUCCAUAUGUAUAAAGACAAUCCGGGCCUUCCGCCAGGUCCAGCUUACAGGGGACCUCCACCUAACCAGUAUGACGACAGAAGAGCUCCUAGUGGGGAGUUGAGCGGACAACACUUUAAUCCACAUAACCAGUAUGGGGACUCCAGACCACACUCCUCACCACCACAUCGCGGACCUUUUGAUGAGCACCGAGGUCCCCCUCAGGAGAAUCGAGCGCACCCAUCUCAACCUUUUGGUGGAUCAGAGCGGUACCGCUUUGAUAGGCACUCAGAUGAGGCUAGACCUGUUCGCCACAGCGGGCCCCUGCUGCCAACUCCCACAGAGGCUCCCAUAGGUCCUCCCAGUCGUAUGGGAGGCCACAGUCCAGAUCUGCACAGGGACGACCACUGGCGCCGCCACUCUCCUGAAAUGAGGCGGAGGAGCAGCACCACCCGAGAGGACUCAGAGCCCCGCGGCGGAGAUCGCUUCAGUCGUUUUGAAGGCGGACACAGAGAACCUGCUCUCGGACCCUCACAGUCCUCUGAAGACAGACCGAGGGAGCUGUCCGAGGACCGCAGGAGGGAAAGAGAGCGGGAAGUUCCCCACCCUGGCAGGCCAUCAUGGGACAGGGGCCAGGGCAAGCGAUGGAGCAGAGAGCGAGAGUGGGACAGAAGUAGAGAGAGGGACCGGGAUCAAGAACGCAACAGAGAACCAGACCGCAGCAGAGGGAGGGAGGGUGAGAGGCACAGGGAGACGGAGGGAGAGCGACACCGGGAUCAAGACACAGACAGGAGGAGAGACCGGGACAGAGACAGAGACAGAGAAAGGGAAAGGGAAAGGGACAGAACCAGGGACAGAGAUUCUGAUAGGAGGGACCACGAUCGGGACAGAGGAAAAAACCGCGAGCGAGAACGUGAGCGAGACAGGAGGCGGGACAGGUCCCGAAGCAGAGAACGAGAUCGCGACAAGGACCGCGGGAAAGACAGGGGCAGGGACAGAGAUAAAGACAGGGACAGGGACAGGGAGAGGGACAGAGACAGGGAUAAAGACAGGGAGAGGGACAGGGAUAGGGACAGGGAUAGGGACAAAGACAGGGAUCGUCGCGAAAGGAGCAGAAGCCGAGAAAAGCGAGAGGAGAAAAAGGACAGUAAACAUGACACACACAAGGAGAGCGAUAAAACUUCAGAAAAAGACAAAAACAUGUCCUAGUCUCUGUCUCAUGGACACUCCACACAGUUAUGAGAGACACUUUAAUCUUUCACCACUUAAAAUCAUCACUGUUAAUGUAGAGGAGCAGUAUUUCACUAAAUUUCCACAGUUGUGUUCUUUCUGGGGAAAAAAAAGUUUGACAAUGUUUGUAUUCUCUUUGUCACUCAAAGGUUUCUAAAUUUGUUUUAUCACAUUUGAAAAAAACGAACCUGACGGCCAUCUAAGUUAGAAAACAAUAAUGUAACUGAUUAACACACCAUUUGCAAUAUGUAAAUAUGAAUGUAUUUGUGUAUAUACUGAUGUUUUUAAUACUUUUCUAAGUACAGAAAAUUAAAGCCAUAUACGUAUCUGAGAUGGAUAAUGUGAAAGUUGAGGCGACACUGCUUAGAACUGUGGUCACUGCACAGUACAAGGUGUUAAAAUGUUCAGCAUCUUUGAACUAAAAGUCUCCAUUUAUCUACAGUAUAGUACACCCCAUCAGUGGUUGUUCAUGACAUGUCCUGAAUCUGUUUCAGCUCAACCAAUUAAACCUGU